CAGUGUGGUGGGGACUAAGGGGAGAGGAGGGCCUGAAGGAUGAGAAGGACGGAGGGAAGGGCUGGAGAAGCAGGAGCACUCAGGCGCAACUCUUCCCGAUUAAAAACAAAAACAACAACAACAAAAAUCUACACCUCCAUUCCCAGAGCAAGCUUACUCUCUGGCACCAAACUCCAUGGGAUGAUUUUUCUUCUAGAAGAGUCCAGGUGGACAGAGAAGCCAAUCAGUGUCGUCGCGGUCGCGGUUCUAAAGUCCGCACGCACCCACCGGGACUCAGAUUCUCCCCAGACGCCGAGGAUGGCCGUCAUGGCGCCCCGAACCCUCGUCCUGCUACUCUCGGGGGCCCUGGCCCUGACCCAGACCUGGGCGGGCUCCCACUCCAUGAGGUAUUUCUCCACAUCGGUGUCCCGGCCCGGCCGCGGGGAGCCCCGCUUCAUCGCCGUGGGCUACGUGGACGACACGCAGUUCGUGCGGUUCGACAGCGACGCCGCGAGCCAGAGGAUGGAGCCGCGGGCGCCGUGGAUAGAGCAGGAGGGUCCGGAGUAUUGGGACGAGGAGACACGGAGUGUGAAGGCCUCCGCACAGACUGACCGAGUGGACCUGGGGACCCUGCGCGGCUACUACAACCAGAGCGAGGACGGUUCUCACACCAUCCAGUUAAUGUUUGGCUGCGACGUGGGGUCGGACGGGCGCUUCCUCCGCGGGUACCGGCAGGACGCCUACGACGGCAAGGAUUACAUCGCCCUGAACGAGGACCUGCGCUCUUGGACCGCGGCGGACAUGGCGGCUCAGAUCACCCAGCGCAAGUGGGAGGCGGCCCAUGCGGCGGAGCAGCUGAGAGCCUACCUGGAGGGCACGUGCGUGGAGUGGCUCCGCAGAUACCUGGAGAACGGGAAGGAGACGCUGCAGCGCACUGACCCCCCCAAGACACAUAUGACCCACCACCCCAUCUCCGACCGUGAGGCCACCCUGAGGUGCUGGGCCCUGGGCUUCUACCCUGCGGAGAUCACACUGACCUGGCAGCGGGAUGGGGAGGACCAGACCCAGGACACGGAGCUCGUGGAGACCAGGCCUGCAGGGGAUGGAACCUUCCAGAAGUGGGCAGCUGUGGUGGUACCUUCUGGAGAGGAGCAGAGAUACACCUGCCAUGUGCAGCAUGAGGGUCUGCCCAAGCCCCUCACCCUGAGAUGGGAGCCGUCUUCCCAGCCCACCAUCCCCAUCGUGGGCAUCAUUGCUGGCCUGGUUCUCCUUGGAGCUGUGAUCACUGGAGCUGUGGUCGCUGCCGUGAUGUGGAGGAGGAAGAGCUCAGAUAGAAAAGGAGGGAGCUACUCUCAGGCUGCAAGCAGUGACAGUGCCCAGGGCUCUGAUGUGUCUCUCACAGCUUGUAAAGUGUGAGACAGCUGCCUUGUGUGGGACUGAGAGGCAAGAGUUGUUCCUGCCCUUCCCUUUGUGACUUGAAGAACCCUGACUUUGUUUCUGCAAAGGCACCUGCAUGUGUCUGUGUUCUUGUAGGCAUAAUGUGAGGAGGUGGGGAGACCACCCCACCCCCAUGUCCACCAUGACCCUCUUCCCACGCUGACCUGUGCUCCCUCCCCAAUCAUCUUUCCUGUUCCAGAGAGGUGGGGCUGAGGUGUCUCCAUCUCUGUCUCAACUUCAUGGUGCACUGAGCUGUAACUUCUUCCUUCCCUAUUAAAAUUAGAACCUGAGUAUAAAUUUACUUUCUCAAAUUCUUGCCAUGAGAGGUUGAUGAGUUAAUUAAAGGAGAAGAUUCCUAAAAUUUGAGAGACAAAAUAAAUGGAACACAUGAGAA